GUAAUGUUUACAUCCGGGUCGUUAGGUCGUCGUCGAUGCGUAAAGGCGUGUUACACAUCGUCAAGAGUUGACGUUAAAACUUUCCGUUCCCACCUAAAUAAAAUUAAGUUCUUUGAAUAUAUUUCAUCUUUGGGAUAUUCGUCACCACAAUGACUGAGGAUGUCCAGAAGCACUCGGUCCACACUCUGGUCUUUAGGUCGCUCAAGAGGACUCACGACAUGUUUGUGUCCGACCAAGCUAAGUCCAUCUCGUUGGACGAAGAAAGUCACAAGUUGAAGAUGGCCGUGAAGCUAAAGGCCGAUUAUAGUGCAGUUCUACACAUGCCGAUCUUGAAGGAAAUCAAGGACAGAAUCCCUCAGACAUCCAUCAGCAUGCAACCACAGCAAAGCUAUACUCAGCCAGUAUCAGAAGACCCAGAGUACAUGAUCACUGGAACACAUGCUUACCCUUCGGGACCUGGAGUGGCGCUGACCGCAACAACAAAGUUGCACAGAAACCCCAGUGAGGCCGGAAUCCACUCCAUGGCGUUGGCGCUGCCGCCUUCACAGGCCAGCCAAGACACCAGCCGAACAGCCGCCAGUGUUUCCGACAUCCAUCGACAUGCGGGCGCCACAGAGCGUUCUCGCCCGCCUUCAAGCGCCUUGUCGAUCAUGGAAGGAGGCGGCACCAGGACCAAUUCUCUCAUUAGGAGAGCGCCAACCAUGCCCAAACCUCAGUGGCAUCCGCCCUGGAAACUGUUUCGCGUCAUCAGUGGUCACCUCGGCUGGGUGCGCUCCAUCGCCGUGGAGCCCGGCAAUCAGUGGUUUGUGACCGGCUCUGCCGAUAGAACCAUAAAGAUUUGGGACCUGGCUAGCGGGAAACUGAAGCUGUCGCUAACGGGACACAUCAGCACGGUGCGCGGCGUAGCUGUCAGCAAACGCAGCCCCUACCUCUUCUCCUGCGGUGAGGACAAGCAGGUCAAGUGCUGGGAUUUGGAGUACAACAAGGUCAUCAGGCACUACCAUGGCCACCUGAGCGCCGUGUAUGACCUGGACCUCCACCCCACCAUUGAUGUGUUGGUAACGUGCAGCAGGGACGCCACGGCGAGGGUGUGGGACAUCAGAAGCAAAGCCAACGCACACACGUUGACCGGUCACACCAACACGGUGGCCACGGUCAGGUGUCAGGCAGCCGAGCCUCAAAUCAUCACAGGCAGCCACGAUUCAACCAUCAGGUUGUGGGAUCUGAUUGCCGGGAAAACCAGAGCGACGCUGACCAACCACAAGAAGUCUGUGAGGACCGUGGUGCUGCAUCCCAGACAAUACACCUUUGCCUCGGGUUCGGCCGACAACAUCAAGCAGUGGAUGUUCCCUGACGGCAAAUUCAUCCAGAACCUCUCGGGACACAACGCCAUCAUCAACACGCUGGCCGUCAACUCCGACGGCGUGCUCGUCUCCGGAGCCGACAACGGGACCAUCCACAUGUGGGACUGGAGGACCGGCUACAACUUCCAGCGCAUCCACGCCGCCGUGCAGCCCGGGUCCCUGGACAGCGAGUCGGGCAUCUUCGCCUGCUUGUUCGACAACUCGGAGAGUCGCCUGAUCACGGCCGAGGCGGACAAGACCAUCAAAGUGUACAAAGAGGACGACACUGCCACGGAAGAAAGUCAUCCUAUCAACUGGAAACCUGACAUUCUGAAGAGAAAAAGAUUCUAAUCAAUUAAAAAGGUUGUUGUUUUUUUUGUAGCGAGCUCUAUUUUUAAUUUGUAAAUGAGAGUGGGGUCAUUGUAAAAACCAUUUGCAUUUGUCGUCGUACGCCGAAAGCGCAAGAAAAUGACCUUGACGGACAGCCAGAAAGCGUCCGCUGUGUUUGUUCUUGAGGACCACCGCCCCGUGGCGACUGCGUUCUGUGGGCUCCACCAGCAGGAGCCACUCCUCGCGCUCCGAGGGUCUCACCUCCAAGCAGACCUCGUCCCUCUCAGAGUCAUACCCUGCACACCGUAGUGUCCCUUUCAUAAUAAGUGUUGCUGCUUCCUCAUUAAAAGAGUUUUCCACUAAA